UUAUUUAUUUUCAAUGGACCAUGUCAUGACAAAGCUAGGAAUUCUUAUGGAAAAUGGCAUCCCUCUCUUUCUUUCCGAUUGAUUGAUUGAUGGACGGGGAUAGCAUCUCCUUCUUCUUCUGAUCCAUUGCUCAAUCACGGGCAGUGAGAGAAUUCAAGGGGGAACAAAUUUCAAAUCAAUUGCUGUGAAGAAUAUAGAAUGUGGAGAAAGAGGUGGUGGUGGUCCUUCUCCUCCUCGAAUUAAGGAAAUGUUGAGGGGGUGGUGGAGGAGGGCAAAGAGCGCAAGGUGGGUCACUCUUUAUCUCGCCCUCGCCAACAUUUCCGCACUUGCCCUAGCUGCCAUCCUCCUCUUCCUCCUCCCCACGAACACAGCCGCUGAAGAAGAAGAAUGCCUGUUUUCAUCAUAUGGACCACCAUUUGUAUUGGUGGCAAUGCUUGCUGCCGUGAGGAUCCUGGCCAUCGUUGGCACGGCCGCCGCUCAGGAGGCUACUGCCGUCACCAUCCUCACCUGCUCCCACCCGCAGCAGCAGCUCGAUACAGACAAUGGCGGCGGCGGCAUUGGUGCCGCCUAUCUUGGCGAAGCCACUGUAGUCCGACGCGACCGACGAAUGAGGUACAAGCGGUGGCUUUGGUGGACUCGCUUAGGAAUGGUUAUUACAGUGAUGCAGUUCUUAGCUGCUGUAUAUUUGAUGUUUGUUGCUGUUAGGAACACAUCGUCUUCUUUUAAUGGAAAUUCAAUUACUAGUUGCUUUUCUGCGGAGGAGGCACAUCGGACAAGCUGGAAGCGAGUUCUAGUUUUCGUUUUCUUGAUCCACGCGUGUCUUUUGGUGGCUGUACAAUGUUGUACUGGAUCAGAUGUUUUAAGGUGGCGGUCCUUCUAUGCAACUCAUGAUACUGCCUGGAAAGCUCAUUACAGGGAGGUAUUUGAUCAUGGGAUUCGAGAGGCUUUGUGCUGUUUGGGACGUGUAAAAUACUUGAGCGUGUUGGAGGAAGAUGAGAUCGAUUCAGUGGCGAGGCUAUUGGGGGAUCUUGUAGCAUAUCGUGCAACAGGCACGGGGCAUUUGGAACUAUUGGCAGGGCUUGCACUCCUUCAGAGACAAAGAGAAUCACUACCAUCAUUUGAUGGGCUUCCACAGGCACCGGAAGCACGGGUUCAGGAAGCUGCCAUGUUUCAUCAGUUUGCAGAAGCUGCCUACACAGGGCCGUUGCUUGAUUUUGGAAGAAAUCCUAUCUUAUUUCCUUGUGCUUGGCUCCACCGGCAAGGGAUUUUGACUCCCUGGACAUUCACCAGGCGACCCAUUCUUCAAGGUGAUAAUUGGUGGAGGGGUCAUGCAGCAGCCUUUCUUAAAUAUGUUAAUUUACCUCCGGAAGCACUUCGUGGAGGGCGUGUAAGCCAGACAAAGUGUGAAGCUGCUUAUUUUGUGGUGGUUCUACAUCAUGUAAAAUGUGUUGUAAUUGUUGUGAGAGGAACUGAGACUCCUGAAGACCUCAUAACGGACGGGUUGUGCACAGAAUGUACCCUUUCUGCAGAAGAAUUGGAUGGAUUGCUAACUAGUAAUGCUUUAGCUGCCGAUGUAAAGCAGCAUGUUCUUUCAUCUUUCCCACAUUAUGGCCAUUCUGGUAUAGUUGAAGCUGCUCGAGAGCUCUAUAUGCAAAUAGAUGGAGAGACUGGAGACAAUGAUCACAAGUCGGAAGCUGAUAAUGAUUCUAAGUUUAAAAUGAAUAGCUUCCUCUAUUCUCUAUUGGGACCUGGGUGCGAGUGUCAGGGCUACAACAUUCGCAUUGUUGGACAUUCUUUAGGUGGUGCUAUUGGUGCUUUGUUGGGAUUGAGGCUAUACAAACAUUAUCCAAACCUACAUGUGUACUCAUAUGGAACACUACCAUGUGUUGAUCGAAUCAUAGCAGAAGCAUGUUCAGAUUUUGUCACAAGUAUUGUAUACAAUGAUGAAUUCUCAGCACGCCUUUCAGUAAGCUCGAUCCUAAGGCUCCAAUCAGCUGCCAUUGCAGCUCUGGCACAGGGUUCUUCAGCAAAUUCUGCCACGAUUUGCAAACUUGCGAGACACCUUAUGUGUGCAAACAAGUGUCAAACAGAUCAUGUGCCACCUUUACAUUCCAAUGCUAUGACUGGUGAUGAUGGUAGCCAAAUCUUUAGGAGAGGGCACUACAAAUCCAUGAUCAAAGUGAAUGCAUCCUCAGUUGAGCCUUUGGGAUGUCAUGAUGGCCACCAAGAUGCUCCUGAUGUUUUUCAAAUAGUAGACAUCUCUUCAGACUUAAAUAUGCAAUCUGGGAGUCUGUCCUCUAAAAAGAUCUGUGCCUUGGCUGCAGGAAGUGAACCAGAUGAGACUGUUCUUUAUCAAGAAGCAACUUCCUACAUUGAUGACCAAGAUUUUGUGAAGACAGAUAAUUCAGAAGAGUACAAUACGGACAGCGGUCCUGAUAUGAUGCGUACAUGUGUUGAACCUUGCACUGAGAGAGAUACUGAGACACUUGACUAUGGAAAUAAUUCAUCUCAUUUUCUUUUUCUGGAAUCCUCACUGUCUAGUGACGGGUCACUUAGAGAUCCACGGGAGAUGUUUCUCCCUGGCCUGGUGAUUCAUAUAGUACCAGAACUAAGGGAAAUGAAUUUCCCUUUAUGGAAAAGCUGGAAAUCUCAUGACAGAGAAACUAACUAUAGAGCUUUCUUGGCUGAUAGAGAAAGUUUUAAGGACAUAAUUGUUAGCCCGUACAUGUUCCUCGAUCACUUGCCAUGGAGGUGCCAUUAUGCAAUGCAAAGAGUGUUGGAGACUCGAAGAGCCCGUGGUCAGCUUGAAAGUGACUUGUUGAAUCAGUCUCAUAUUGUAUGAACACAAUAUAUACACACACUACAUAUAUGCAUCCGAUGCAACUCAUAAUAUUUGUCAAUUGGAAUCAAUUUUUUUAGUCAGAUGUAUUUGUUUGGUGGGUAAUAUAGGUUUGAACCCUCAACCUCAAGAUAGCAACAUGGUGCAGAGUGUGGUUUAGCCAUGGGGUUGAACCCAGUGAAUGUAACUCUUUUAAGGCCGUAAAAAAUUACAGGGUAUCAAGUUGGGUGUUGAUAGUACCAUUUUUAUUGGAUAGGCAAUAUUUGCUGCAUAAUUCUAGCCAUAUUUAGUGCAUGUAAGUGUUUGCAUAAUUAUUGGAUUACAUGUAA